AACGGAGACGUACGUGAAAAUACCACGAUGUCCGCGAGCAUGAGCGUAAAUCCCAAACAUUGAGUCAUCUCAGGUUUGAGACGUCAGUUUGUUUAGCUCGAAUUUUAAUCGUGUGAGCAAAGUCCGUGGAAGGUAGAAAGGAGUGUAGCAUCACUGAAGUGCAGGUUUUGAUAAAAUCCUUAACUAAAUUCAAAGGAAAUGAAUAAUCUUAAAGAUUUAGUUCAGAAAUCGGAUUGUAUUCUUCUUGAUGUGGAAGGGACAACAACAUCAUUUGAUUUUGUGAAAGAUGAACUAUUUCCCUGUGCAGAAGGUUGUCUUAGGAGCUACAUCAUGCAUCACUGGAAAGAUAGUAAAUUGCAAGAAGCUGUUUCAGAUGUUAUUAAACAGAAUAAAGAAGACCAGAAAGCAAAACUGUGUGGAUAUGUUCCAUUGCCUUCUGUUAAAGAUGAAAAUUUUCAAGAAGCUGUUAUUUGUAAUCUCUUGUGGCAAAUGUCCAGUGACCGCAAAACAACAGGUUUAAAAAAAAUCCAAGGUUUCAUAUGGCGAGAAGAAUAUGAAAAGGGAUUUUUAAAGGGCCAUGUGUAUGAGGAUGCAGUGCAGGCUUUGAAUUACUGGAAAUCAAAUCAAAAAAAGAUUUAUAUCUAUUCAUCUGGAAGCAUUGAAGCCCAGCGCCUACUGUUUAAUCACAGUAUAUGGGGUAAUUUAGAGUAUCUUAUUGAUGGAAACUUUGACACAACAAUAGGUUCCAAGACCGAGCAUUCCAGCUACAGUAAAAUUUGUGAAAUUCUUUACUAUGAACCACAAAAUGUGUUAUUUAUUACUGAUCGGCCCAAAGAAAUAUUUGCUGCUAAAAAAUCUGGAAUGAAUGCUAUACUAAUAAAAAGAGAUCCAAAUCAUUCUUUACUUGAAGAAGAAAAGGAUUAUAUAGGAUAUGAGGAUGCAUCCAUAACUACUUUUGCUGACUUAAUGGAAGAUAACUGAUCGUCAGAAUCUGUUUAAUUAUAUAUUGUGUAUAUCAUUUUAUAUAUAUAAUAUCUUUAUGCUGUAUCCAGAUUUUCUGCACCUUUAUAAAUCUUGCAAUUUAUCAGCUUUCUGCUUAAAUGAUUUAAAUGUAUUAUUUACUGUGAAAAUGUUUAGUUUUGUUCUCUCCUUGCAAGAAACACUUUUCCUUAUCAUUAAAAAAUUUGAGGCCAAAAA